AUGUCGGAGUCGUCAACUACCGCGGAUUCGCGUCAAGUCAAGCCCAAGACUGCUUUGUACCUGAGCGUACUUGUGUCGCUGCUCCAACCUUUCCAAAGCGGUUGGUCGACAUCCCAGCUCAAUCUGGCCCAGUUCAACGACACGGCUCAGUGCAAUGCUCGCCCCGUAGCGGAAGGAACAUGUUUGACGUUCCCUGGACACUCAAAGCUCGAAUGGACUUUCGCGGUGAACGCGUGGAUUUUCGGCGCCAUGCUCGGCAGUUUAUUCUGCGGAAGGUUCAGCGAUAAAUGGGGGCGGAAGAAGCUUUUACUUGCGAACUGCGGGUUCAUCGCUGCGGGAGCGGUCGUGCAGAGUAGCGUCUCGAACAUUUGGCCGUUUGCAGUUGGGCGUCUCAUUGCUGGAGUUGCGUCGGGUGUUGCUACGGGUACAAUCGGCGCGUACGUGAACGAGCUGUCGUCUCCACACUUGCGGAACAUCCUCGGUCUGGGGCUUCAGAUUUCGGUAACUUUCGGCAUUAUGAUGCCUGCCGUCGCCUUCUUCUUCGCGAAUACAAGCACUGGCUGGAGAUUUCUCGCUGGAUUCCCCUUGGUACUGGCCGCAUUGUUCCUACUGCUUGCUCCGUCACUUUGCGUCGAGAGUCCAGCGUGGUUAUUGAUGAAAAACCGUCGAGAAGAAGCCGAACACGUGAUAACCCGACUGUACGGCGUGGAGAACGUGAAUAAAGUGCUGGAGUGGCUGGAGACUGCCAGAGAGAACGAGCAGAGCUUCCUGAGCGCCAAGGAAGAGGCGAAUGAGUCCACGUAUGACCCCAAGUAUCGCCUACAACUGGCUGGUGCUAUUCUGCUGUCGUGCUCACAGCAGUUAUCGGGUAUCAACGCUGUUUUCUACUACUCAAGUGAGAUUUUCUCGGCUGCUGGCAUCUCGGACCCGCGGGUGGGCACCCUCAUCAUUGACUUUAUCAACAUUUGGCCGGCGUUUUUCACUGGGUAUUUGGCUGUUCGCUUCGGGAAUCGCACUAUGAUUUUGUGGGGGUUGGCGGGUAUGUUGGUCAUGGCGGCUGGCAUGACGCUGGCAUUUCUCGUUAAUGUCCCUGCGCUUUCCGUCCUGUUCACAGCUCUGUACGUGAUCAGUUUUGGCGUGACGCUGGGCCCGCUGGUGUGGGUUAUGACGGCUGACAUGUUCCCGGAUGCGAUUCGCGCAAGCGCGUCGUCGCUGUGUAUUGGGAUUAAUUGGCUCUGCAACCUCGUGGUGGGGGUGUCGUACCCGUAUCUGGCUGAUGCGUUGAGAGACUACAGCUACGUCCCCUUUGUGGUGUUGCUGGCUGUGUUCUUCUCCAUGGGACUGAAGCUGGUACCCGAGACGUCUGGUAAGACGAGUGCAGAGAUCCAGCUCGAGUACGAGCAGCGCCGCCGGAAGUGA